UUCUGUUUAUCAGGUUGAUUUAUUUAUUUAUUAGUAAGAAAGAGCUACAUUGAUGUGGCUUGUUUAAUUUUCAAUUUUAAGAAUAUAUUUUCGUGAAUGCCAAAGAAACUUAGUUUUAAAAAGAAAUUCAGCGCACCACAAAAGAAACCGCAAAUGUCAUCGGAGAGUUACCUUGAAUUAAGUAAAUCUAAAAAGCAACUCAAGAACAUGACGGUUGGAUCAGAAAUCAUGAUGUCAUCUGACAGUGAUGGGGAAACUCAAGUAGAAAUAUCGAAAGGACUUCUAAGGAAGGUCUCCACUCAAAAGCAACUCAAAAGAAAGGUUUGCAUAAAGGAAGGUUACUUGCUCAAGCAGACUACGUCGUCGUUUCAGCGGUGGCGACCACGUUACUUCAAGUUGAGGCCGCGACGUUUGUUCUACGCUAAACAUGAAGACUCGGAAAUCUUCAGCGAACUCGACCUUACGGACUCCAGCGUAGCGGAGCGAAGCACGAAGAACGUAAACUGCAGUUUCUCGAUAAUAGGGUCGUUUCCAACGAUGAUCCUUUGUGCUGCUUCCCGCAGCGAGAUGGACGAAUGGAUUUCCGCAUUAAAAGCUGUGCAGGGCGGGGAGUUUUACUCUCCGCAUCAAGUUUACAUGGAUAACUUCACGGACGGACAUAACUGGUACGCCUGUACCCAUAACCGGCCUACCUACUGCAAUGUGUGUCGUGAGGUGCUAUCAGGUGUGAUGAAUCAUGGCUUGUCCUGCGACGUUUGCAAGUUUAAAGUUCACAAGCGAUGCGCAUCCAAAGCUCCGAACAGCUGCAAAUGGGCAACACUGGCCACAGUGGGCAAGAGUGUCAUUGAAGACGAGGAUGGGCUAUGGAUACCACAUCAGUGGUUGGAAGGAAACCUCCCUGUUAGCGCCAAGUGUGUUGUGUGUGAAAAGACGUGUGGGAGCGUACUCCGACUGCAGGACAGUAGAUGCUUAUGGUGCCGUAGUAUGGUACACGCGUCAUGCAAAACACAGAUGCCUGCCAAAUGCUCGCUUGGUUCUUGUAAACUUUCCAUCAUACCACCGACCGCUAUCCACACGCAAGACUCCGAUGAGUUCUGGCAAGCGCUCCCGACUCCGCAGUGUUCAAGCCCUUUACUUGUGUUUGUGAACUCCAAAAGCGGCGACAACCAAGGAGUGAAGUUUCUCCGUCGUUUUCGUCAGUUUCUCAAUCCUGCUCAAGUGUUUGACCUCAUGUGUUCAGGACCACAAGUCGGGCUUAAAAUGUUCCGAAAAUUCGAGACUUUUCGCAUCCUAAUUUGCGGUGGUGACGGUUCUAUUGGCUGGGUGCUAAGUGAGAUGGACAAACUGAACCUUAACAACAAAGCGCAAGUCGGCGUCCUGCCGCUGGGAACUGGCAACGACCUGGCGCAGGUAAUGGGCUGGGGCAAUGUAUGCGACGAUGACACGCAAGUGCCAGCUCUCAUUGAAAAAUACGAAAAAUCCAGCACAAAAUUACUCGACAGAUGGAGCAUAUUAGCAUACGAAGGCACAAUUCCCAUCUCAACUGGAAUCAAUAUGAAAAUCGAGAACACGCCGGAACCGAUCGACCAGUAUGAGCACACAGUGGCCGACCAUCUAGCUACAAUACUUAACUCGGAGAAAAACGCCGAAAUUCUUACUUCUGCCACUGUGCUUUGCGAGACGGUGAAAGAUUUUGUUGCAAAAGUCGCUUCAUCCGGUAACGAUGGAGAGAUGGCGAAGAAAUGUCGAACGUUGGACGAGAAGUUAGCAUCACUACUAAGUACAUUGACUAUCGAAUCAAAACUAGCAGAAGAACAAUUAAUUAAACCGCCGACGCUGGACGAGCCAAGUCAUUCAGACCAUGGAGCCACUGAUGACGUAGAUGCAAAUGAGGCAACGAGCGACGUUUGCACAAUCGUGGUCACUCAACCUGGUCAAACUGAACCAACUCAAGCGGAAAAACCUACGAUAUCUAUGGACGCAGUCGAGCAUGACAAACCGGAAAAAUCCACAACACGUAGAAAGAAAUCGUCAGGCGUAUUUGAAGAACGUUCACAACUUAUGCUAAGAGCUAACAGCUUGAAGAAAGCAGUGCGUCAGAUCAUUGAACACACGGAGGAAGCUGUGGACGAGCAAAACGAACAAACACGACAGAAGAAACUUUCCGUUCAAUACGAGGAAGAUGACGUAGAUGAGACCGCUAUGACGUCAUCAGCGAUUCGAACCAUCGAGAAAGUUCUAACUACUGUUGGAACAACUACUGUCACUUCACCAAGCUCCUCCCAAUGUGUGACGUCAUCCCUACCCGUUCCCAGUGUUCGUCCCACCUCCCGCUCCGCCCCCAACACGCCCACUUCCACCCUUAACGGCCCCAUGUUUAACCAGUACGUUCGUCAACAGUUCAUGUGUGAAGGCAACCCCUCAAAACCUGGAAUCGCGUCGUUCAGUGCGAGUUUACCGGACAAACAAGGCUCGAAAACGCAGAAUUCAACAAUUAUCCACCCGUUGUACACCGAACAGAAACGUGGAAGUUUCCUCAGUCGAGCUUUGCUUGCAAAUGCCGACACAAUCUGCGCUCCUGUGACGUCACCCCUGGCUACCAAGGAAAGCGAAGCAGUAUUGAACAGCAUUAUGUCGGAGAAAUGCGUCAUGAACAGUUACUUCGGUAUCGGACUCGAUGCUAAAAUUACUCUUGAUUUCCACAAGAAAAGAGAGGAACACCCGAAGAAAUGCAGCCGAGCCAAGAACCGCAUGUGGUAUGGCGUGCUCGCAACUAAAGAGUUCGCUGUCAAAACGUACAAGAACCUCGAGCAACGAAUAAAACUUGAAUGUGACGGACAACCGAUAUCCCUACCCACCAUACAAGGCAUUGUAGUGCUUAAUAUACCUUCCUUUAUGGGCGGAGCAAAUUUCUGGGGCAGCCGGUCCGGUAACGAGAUUUUCAUGCCCCCUUCGUAUAAUGAUAAAAUGCUGGAAGUUUUGGCAGUAUUCAAUACAGUACAGCUUGGUAUGGCAGUUGUUGGUCCUGAAGGUGUGUUGCAGCAUCAUCGUAUUGCUCAGUGUAGAUCCAUAAAGAUCACGAUACUCGGCGAAGAACCUGUACCGUUACAAAUCGACGGUGAGGCUUGGCUGCAACCGCCAGGAGUAGUAAAAAUCCUGCACAAAAACCGAGUCCAGAUGCUCGCCCGAGACCGCAGACUCGAGGUGGCGCUCAAGGCAUGGGAGGACAAGCACAGGUUCGGCAACGAGAAAAAUUACAGCGGCAGCGAAUUUAUGUCUGACGCGGAUGCAAGUCUAAUAAACGAAUUCGUUGAAACAGUUUCAACAGUAGCCGUGUGCAUCAGUGAAUCGGUAACGGGCAGCAACCUUUUGAGUGAAGAGCUCUUACCCCAAGUCUCAGCUGUGCUUCGGGCAAACGGCAAACUACGGCCUAUGGGUCGCUUGGCCGACAGUACCACACACCAGAUGGUAGUCGGAUUUUACGACUUGGUUCGAGAGCUGAGCGCAAUAUUGAGUUCUUUGUUGUCAAGAAAAGGAGAGCCUAAUCUUCAAAUGCAGGAGCUUGGCCCUGAAAUGCUAGAGAAAAUGUUGAAUUGGUUGGAAUGGAUUGAAAUUGAACUUAAGAAAAUGCGGGAUUUAAGGUGGCUGUCUCGUGUAACAGAAGACUCUCGAAGCUCAGAAGCAACUGGUUUAGCAAAAUCAUCUGGAAAUCGGCAAGGCGGCAAGUUUCGGCUGUUUAAGAAAGCGCAGAAGAAAGAAAAAUGUUCUCCUACCGAUUGCAACGUUACAAAUUGGACGUCAGAUGACGUUGGUGCAUGGUUGGAAUCGAACCAGCUACACGAUUAUCGGGAAUUGUUUGCAAGAAACGACAUUCAGGGCAAGGAACUUCUUAAACUUGAUACAAGUGAUCUCAAGGACCUCGGUAUUUCUAAGAUGGGCCACCUAAAGCGACUUCAGGCUGCUAUAAAGGAACUUCAUCACUAAUUGCGCUGCUCGUUUCGUUUCCGCAUUUCUACACGUUAAAUUUUUUAUUGUUUUGAUAAUUAAGUAUGGGCUAAAACCAGAUUUGUAUUUUGAAUUUUCUUUUUUUUUAAUAUUCAUCCGGUUGAUCGUGGUCGUUUCACUUUCUGCUGGAUAGUUUAAAAAUAGUUUCUCUUUUCGUGCAAUAUCUCAUAUUCUGAUGAUCUUUUAAUAGCUGCGUGUAUAGAUGCAGUUCCAUGGUGAACACUGCGACCAACCGUUACUUUACACAUUUAAAAAUAAUACGAAAUUUUCUUUAAAACAUAAUAUGUGCUUCGGGUAGUACUAUACUGCCGUUUACGCUGUCUAUGUAACGGUUUUACAUAUUUUUUUUCACGUCCUGUUAAUUUCUCACAUUCCUCAUUUUUCGUCACCGUGAGAUCUCACCUCUGAUUGGGCGACGCUGUGUGUCUAUUAUUUAAAUCGACCAAUGGCGCACCGACGUGCGAACCACUUGGGAGUUUAAUGGGCACGUAUUUUGACUGUGGUGCCACUGUGUCGCCGCAUAGGGCAAGUGCAAUAACCAGCCGCUGCUCAUUGCCAGUAGCGCCGCUUUCGUUUGUUUGCUGCCAGCAAACCGAUCGAUUUUUUUUCUUUUUUCAAUGGCAGUAUUUUUGCAACCGAUGGACGUUUGAGAUUAUUCUGCGUACCCACUUUUGCUAAUAAAGUAUUAAGUUAUUUUUUUC